AUGGCAUUAAUGAACGCUAUAAUAGUCAUACUUGAUGGCUGGCUGCUGUGCGACUACCGUACGACCGGCUUCCUCAACAUCAAUGCUGCUGCCGUGGAAGCCCUCGAGCUUUUUGAGAUGUCGAAUAAUCUCACCGCCAGCGCCACCCUGUUCUCCGUGAUGAACAAGUGCAAGACGCUGCCCGGCCAGAAGAUGCUCAGAGACUGGAUUGCUCGCCCGCUGUCUGAUUUGAGACAGAUUGAGGAGCGGCAGGAUGUCGUCUCGGCCCUCGUUGAAGCUGACGAUGUACGCCAAUCGAUCCAGGCUCUCCUCGGAAAAUUGCCGGAUUUGGGGCAGCUCGCCAACAAAUUGCUACAAUACCGCGCGAAGCUACAGGACUGUUUCCGUGUCUAUCAAUCCGUACGCGUGCUGCGACAACUCGAACACGACCUCCACGCCCUCGUCCAGUCCAGCAAAGCCUAUUCAUCACAAGUCAAGGAGCUGCUUUUGGAACCGAUUUCCCAUGCCGUCUACCAAUUCGACAAAUUUAUCGAACUAAUCCGGAGUACCGUGGACGUGGAGUAUUUCGAGAAAACAGGUGCCUUCCGGAUCAAGCCGGAAAUCGACCCCGAGCUGCUCAAGUUGUCUCAGGAAAUGGAGGCCCUGGACAAAAAGUGCACGAAGGCUGCCAGUAAGGCAGGAGACCGUCUUGGAGUCGAGCUCAAGUUGGACCGAAAUUCGCAGUACGGAUACUUCUACCGUGUCACUCUAAAAGAAGAGAAAAGCAUUCGAAAUACACGAGGUCUUCUGAUUCUGGACACGAGCAAGGGUAACGGCGUUCGUUUCAGAGAUGACAAUCUGGACGCGCUGAAUGCGGAAUACCUGGACGCGGAGAAGUUAUACGCCAGCGCUCAAGAGGAUCUCGAGUCCCAGGUGGUGCAGACGUGUUGUGGAUAUGCGAGUGCUUUAUCCACCCUAUCCUCCUCGUUGGCCAUUGUUGACGUGAUCGCUUCUCUGGCGACACUGGCUGCCGAGUCCAGUCGCACCUACACGAAGCCGAAGCUGUUGCCAAUGGGAACCGGUAUUUUCGAGGUGAAGCAGUGCCGUCAUCCAGUGCUAGAAGUAGUCAAGGACUCUGCCUUCAUCCCCAAUGACGUCAAGCUUGACGAGAAGGACCGGAUGGUGAUCCUCACCGGCGCAAAUAUGGGUGGCAAGAGCACGUAUCUACGAUCAACGGCGCUCUGUGCCCUCAUGGCCCAAAUGGGCUCAUGGGUGGCGGCCACCGAUGCCAAGCUGUCCAUCGUUGACGCCAUUUUCACGCGGAUUGGAGCAUCGGAUCAGCAAUGUCGCGGCAUCUCGACUUUUAUGGCCGAAAUGGUCGACUCUGCCACGAUUCUGCAAACGGCUACUUCGGAUUCGCUUGUCAUUGUCGACGAGCUUGGACGUGGUACCUCGACUUUCGACGGCUUUGGCCUGGCUUGGGCAAUCGCCUGCGAUCUGCUGGAGCGUGUGCGGUGCCUCUGUCUCUUCGCCACCCACUUCCACGAGAUGGCUGCGAUUUGUGAUCAAGAGGGCGCGAGAGCUAUGCAGAUGGCCGUCCAAGCUGAACGUAACCAAAUCGUGCUCCUCUACGAGGUGCGCCCCGGAGUUGCCGAGCGCAGCUUUGGCCUACACGUUGCACGUAUGGUUGGAUUCCCAGAAGAUGUGCUAAAGGAUGCUUCUAACGUACUCGAACGAAUCGAGCAAACCCAAACCAUCCCGGACAGUCUACGCAUCAAGCUCAAGUCGGCCAAGGAUCUCGAAGAAAUCAGAGCUAUUCUGUUGAAUGCG